UACAUAAAAAAUUCAGUUCAACUCCCAUGGCUAGAGUACAAGCCAAGUACAGAGCACCAAAGGCCAAGUUCUGCAGGCGGCAAGAUCGAAGCUAAAACCUGAGUUUCAGUUUGGAGAGAGAGAGAGAGAGAGAGAGAGAGAGAGAGAGAGAGAGAGAAUCGAUGGCGAAAGAGAGAGAACUACUCGUUUACUGUGCUAGAUUGGCAGAGCAGGCCGAGAGAUAUGAAGAGAUGGUUGAGGAAAUGAGGAAAAUUGUGAAGUUAAACGUGGAAUUGACAGUGGAAGAGAGAAAUCUGCUUUCUGUUGGCUAUAGGAAUGUAAUAGGAGCUAGACGAGCUUCAUGGCGCAUUCUGUCUUCAAUUGAACAGAAGGAGAUAACCAAACAUAAUGAGAAGAAUGUGGAACGGAUAAUUGAGUAUAGGCAUCGGGUAGAAGAUGAGCUCUCUAAAAUAUGCAAUGACACAUUGUCAAAUAUUGACCAGCAUCUCCUUCCAAGUUCAUCAGCUGGAGAAUCUACUGUAUUCUACCAUAAGAUGAAAGGAGAUUAUUGUCGGUAUUUGGCAGAGUUUAAAUCUGGUGAUGAGCGUAAACAAGUUGCAGAACAGUCAUUAAAGGCUUAUGAGGCUGCUUCGACUAUUGCUAACUCUGAUUUGCCUCCCACUCAUCCUAUAAGACUUGGCCUGGCUCUGAACUUCUCUGUUUUCUACUAUGAGAUUUUGAAUUCCCCUGAAAGGGCUUGCCACCUUGCCCAGAUCGCCUUUGAUGAGGCCAUUGCAGAACUUGGCAGUCUCAAUGAAGAUUCCUACAAGGACAGUUCCCUCAUUUUGCAGCUUCUCAGGGACAAUCUAACCCUGUGGACUUCCAAUUUGCCAGACGAAGGAGAGCAAUCCAAUGCCGAUGAACUCUAGAAAGAGAGUUAAUCAACAUGGCACUUUGUUCCUGUGGUUGAAGAAUUGAACAACGGUACAUGCAGUAGUUAUUAACUAUUAUUAUUGGGGCAUGCUGAUAGAACAAUAGGGUUCACUGACAAUUAUUAGCUCUGUAUUCUCGAUCUGUUCCAAACACAACACAUGUGAAUCUUUUUAGGAAUGUGUUCUUGUUUGUUCUUUAUU